AUUGGUCGAGUUGGAACAGCGCGAAUCCAACGACAGUUUUAGGCCUGUCCGAUCAGCUGUUUCUUUGGUUAACGCUAACGCCUGUCAAGGUUUUCGCUGUUGUUCUUUGUGGCUUGUGCCGUGUGAGUGCGAGGUGCAAGGUAGGGGGUAAGGAGACAGAUCCGUGGGACGCGAUGCGCGUAGAUGAGAUGGCGGAGGUCGACAACGUCGAGAACACCCCGCUUUCGGACGUGGUGGAGUGCCUGGAUGAGGCGUCCCGCUGUCUGUCCAUCGUCGGCGCCAACCUCGCGGGGCUGCUCGAGGACCUCAACACUGCCCCGGAAUGUCUGGCGUCGCUGCAGCAGCACGACCUCGGUCGGCUGGAGAACGAGGUCCGAAGCCUGAACCGUAACCUGGAGGACGCCCUGGAGGACGCCGCGGUGGCGGCCAGGGUCCCGCCGCGGCCCCAGGCCCCCCAGGCGCCACCACUCCGCGCAGGCAUGGCGGAGCGGUGCGCCGAGGUGGAGGAGCUGCGGGCCAAGGUGCAGGCGCUCCAGCGGGAGCACGACAAGAGCGCGGCGCUGCUCGCCACGGCGCAAGCGGACGCCGCGUGCCUGCGCUCGCAGAUCACUCACCAGAGUGCCUUCUGCGCCUCCCUGGGCUCCGUGCUCGGCAACCUACUGUGGAAGGCCUCCAGGGUGCCACCCGUCGUGGACCUGCUCCUGUCGGGGAACAAGGCGACUGAUUUUCUAUGCAUUGUUAGCGGCACACUGGAAUCAUUCCUCGAAACAUUUAACACGGAGAUGCCAGGCCAAUCUUCAGAUGAAAGCCAGUUUAUAAUGGCCAUGGGAGGUAUAGUCACGAAUAUGGCUGCAGCUCCUGCUGGUAGACAAUUUCUUGUUGGCGAUCCAAAUGGCAGAGAACUCUUACAGCAAAUUGUGAGGGUAUUACCAGUCAUCCCAACACCUUCUGGAAAUUGUCUGAAGAGACUUUUGUUGAUGGCUUUGUACAAUGUGAGCAUCAACCAGUCAGGCCUCAGUUUGCUCCAAGAUGAUGGAGGAGGAGCCAUCUUCACAGUUGCCAAAGAUUGCUUGAAGCCAGAAUCAACAAAUGAACUAAGAAUCAUGGCUUUGAGGCUUCUACAUUCGUUGACUUGUGAUAUAAAAAAUCCGGCCUUGGUUGCACAGGUACCAAAACAGUUAAUAUCAGAUCUAGCUGCUUCAGAUGAUCCCCAACUCCAAACUUUGGCUCUAGACGUGAAUGAAAAUCUUGUCAAGGCACAAGAAAGAUUAGGUCAGAUGCCAAACAAAAAUGGAAGUACAAACAAAACUCCAGGAAUAAUUACAAAAUCUCCAAACUCCCAGUUUGAAAGUGAUAAUUUAGAAAAUAGACACAACACAGUGCAACCAACAACAGCUUGGCGUCUGCCAUCACAUCCAUGAAAAUAUAAUAAUACAACUCUAAGAUGUAAGCAAUAUUCAAUGAAGGCUUAAUCUUCCCUCAAAAAUGCUAUGGGCAUGCCAAUUUUAAGAAGUAAACUCACCUAUGAGAUUGAAACAUUA